CGGUGCCGCGCGGCCGGAGCGGCCAUGGCGGUGCCGGUGGCGGAGCCGGCCCGGACCGGGCCCCGGCUGGGGAUGGCGCUGGGGCUGGCGGCGGGCGCCGGCUUCUGCCUCGGCGUGCUCUGGGUCAUGCGCCGCCGCUCCAAGGAGGCGGCGGAGCAGCCGCGCCCCGGCGAGGCCGUGCCCGGGGCACUGCUCCUGGCGGGGGAUGGAGCCGAUGGAGCCGUGCCCAGCCCCCUGCUGCUGAGGCAGGACGAGCAGCUGGAGGUGCUGGAGCGCCUGGACUUCGUGGUGAGGAACGUGGCCGAGCUGAGGAAGGAGGUGGAGGAGCUGCGGAACAGCCUGCAGGACCUGGCGGUGGAGAUCGUGGGGGAAGUCAGGACCCACCUUGAAGAAACCCAGCGUGUGGCUCACCGGAGGAAGUUCCCCUUCUCCAGGGAGAGAAGUGACUCCACAGGCUCCAGCUCCAUUUAUUUUACCACCAGCUCAAGGAAUCCCAACACAGAUGAUGGAGAGAGUGAAGGGGGUUACACCACGGCCAACGCCGAGUCCGACUAUGAGCGGGAGUCGGAGCGGGAGAGCGAGGACGAAGUGAGCUGUGACACCGUCAGGACCGUGCGCAGGGACUCCCUGGAGCUGCCCCCCGAGGAUGAGAGCUGUGACACCCUGAGGAGGGUGCACAGGGACUCCCUGGAGCUGCCCCCCAAGGAUGAGAGCGGUGACACCGUGAGGAACGUGCACAGGGACUCCCUGGAGCUGCCCCCCGAGGAUGAGAGCGGUGACACCGUGAGGAACGUGCACAGGGACUCCCUGGAGCUGCCCCCCGAGGAUGAGAGCGGUGACACCGUGAGGAACGUGCACAGGGACUCCCUGGAGCUGCCCCCUGAGGAUGAGAGCUCUCUGCUCCUGGAGGCCUCGCUGGAGGAGGGGCUGGGGCAGCUCCUGGAGCAGGCCGACCGCCUGCACAGCGGGGAUGAGCAGGACAGGAGAGAGGGCUUCCAGCUGCUCCUCAACAACAAGCUGGCGUACGCGGGGCAGCGGGAGUUCCUGUGGCGCCUGGCGCGGGCGCACUGCGACAUGUGGGAGCUGACAGAGGACAAAGAGGAGAGGAGGUCCUAUGCCACAGGGGGUGUCUGCAAGACUUUAGGGAAGGAAGAGCUGGAACUUGCCUUGCAGAAUUGGGACCAAAGUGCUGAGUGCCACCAGUGGUUUGCCAUCCUUUGUGGGCACGUGUCGGAGCAGGAGAGCAUUCCCAAGCGCAUCCAGGCUGGCUAUGUUUUCAAGGAACACAUUGAUAAAGCCAUUGCCCUGAAGCCACAGGACCCACAGCUCUACUAUCUGCUGGGCAGGUGGUGUUACCAGGUUGCCCACCUGGGCUGGCUGGAGAAGAGGACGGUGUCGGCGCUGUUCGAGGCCCCCCUGACGGCCACGGUGCAGGACGCGCUCCAGAACUUCCUGCGGGUCGAGGAGCUGAGCCCAGGGUUUUCCAAAGCAGGAAGAGUUUACAUUGCCAAGUGCUACAGGGACCUCGGGAACGCCUCGGCGGCGGUGCUGUGGAUGGACCUCGCCGCGGAGCUGCCAGGGUACACCAAAGAGGAUGCAGAAAGCGAGAAGGAACUUGAGGAGAUGCGCUCAGUCUGUAAGGAAUAAUUUUGGAAAAACUCAUCCCACUGCAGAGACAGUAAAAUUCCAAAUGGAUUUCAUGAUCCUACCAAUUCCAAGUACACUUCAUGGAAAAGCAACAAGAGCUUACAGGAAAACACCCAGCAGCACAUCCAGGAAAACAUCUUGGCAUUAAUGGGAUAAAAUAGUGAUUUACUUUCCUUUGCAGAGCACUGCAUUUGUUUGAUUUUAGGAUUCCUAAAAAUGUUACGUUCCUGAAAAAAAAAGGGGGAAUGUUUAUAGGUAGAGUUUGUGAUGUAAAAACAUUUGUGGUGAUAUAUAUGUGUGUAUAUAUAUGGCAGAUAUAUGUGAGAUAGAUACUUGGUGAUAUAAACAUGUAUUAUAUAUUUUUAUAUAUGUGUGUAUAAAUAUAUAAGUAUGUAUUUAUUUAUAUAUUAUAUAUCUAUAUAUGCACAUAUAUCUUUUAUAUCACACUCUCUACCUGUCAGAAAUCCUUGCUGGUGAGCUCCCAAUUCAUUCCUGAGGAAAACUUGAGUCAAAUGUUUUUUCCAGUUUAUUUGUAUUGUCUUUUCCAUAGUAAUUAAUGGAAUCAGUUGUAAUAACUGUUCAAUGGGUUUGGGGGAAAUCAAUUUCCAGGUGGGACCAAGGAACUUUUCUGCACAAUUCAGACUGGAUUUUAAGAGGUUCAUUGGUCAAAGAAGUGAGGAAUAGGAUUUUAAACUUCAGGAUUUUCUCCCAGUGAUGUUUCUGUCUUCGUUCACACAAGGCUGAAAACUUCUGUCACUCCAAACUGUGCUGCUGUGGUUUAGAUGGAAUGACUGAGUUUAGGAAGUAGUUCUUGAUCAGAGAACUGCCCACAGGGGUCGGAAUAUCCUGUGGCAAGGAUGAUGUUUCGCUGGGAUAAUCUGCCACUGACCAGAUUAAUUCUCUUUGAAUUAAUUAUCUCCUGGACUAACGAGGCAACGCCGAGGAGGUGAAGCCGACGACUGACAUUCCUCUUGCAGCUCCUGGGGACCAAAGAGCAACGGGGAAUUGUGCUGGAUGCUGACAUGGAUGGGGAAGGAAAACCUGUUGUGGAAUUCCCCACAUAUUUAUCAAGGCUUUGUUGGUAUCCCUUAAAACUCCAAUGGCAGCUACUGAACACUAAUUCCUGAAAGUCUGUUUCAUGCUGGGUGGUUGUGAGGGGUCAAUUGAGGAGUGUGUGAGUAAAACAUUCCUUAAAUCAC